ACGUAGAACUUUGAAUUUUGCAUUGUGUUGAUUGCGGAUGAUAAGUGUUUUUUUAACAUGAUACUUCUAACAUAAAGUCGCAGACUGUACCGUUGCAAUAGUCAUUCUAUGUGAACACCACAAAAAUGGUCUUGCAGACAUUAGUGUAGAGAUAUGGUAGGAUAUUAGUGUAAUAGUAACUGUUUUAAGUGGGCAUGAUGAGUGUAGAAAAUUGUAAUUUUAUCAGUGACAUUGGAAUAGCUUGAUAGAAGUUAUGCAGGCGAUUAAAAGAAGAAAAAAUCUUUUGAUGAUAUUGGUAGCCUUCCUCGCUUGUGUAGCUCUUCAGAUUACGAUUGACGACGCCGUUAGCACAGGAACCGACGUUAGCAAUACUUUGGAUCCUUGUUCAAUGGCAAGCGCGGCUCUACUAAAUGCAUCAGAUGUGUUUUCAUUUUCUUCUCUGAGUGGAAUUGCAUCUUUACUGAAUCGUAAAUUUAUUGAACGACUCGAAGCAAAGCAGAUAUCGUCCAAUUCUGUCACAAUUCAGUGGGUUCCAUCACCCAUCGUUUCGAAAUGUGUGUCUCGAUAUAUGAUUUACAGGAAAGGACUUAUAGAGCCUGUAAUGAACACCUCGUCCAAUAUUGCUACCAUCAGCGAUCUCAAACCAUGCAAAAAUUAUACUUUUCAAGUUGCUGCAGUUGACCAGUAUCAGACACGGCAUUCUCCAAUUGAAGUUACAGUUUUUAUGGAACAACAUGACAAGAAAGCUCAAGAAACUCCAUUAGCAUACGAUUGGAUUCAUUGUAAGCAACCAGUUAGGGGAAUUGAUUGUAUCACCACUGGAACAAACACGUUUAGUGUUAUCACACUUCCCAACACUACAAUUGAAGUAGAAUACCAAAAGUUUGCAAAAGGUUACUAUGCAAAACCAAUCCUCGAUGUAUGUCUCCUUUCUCGAUUCACCACACGAAUAUUUCCUGUAUUGAUUACUGGUGCAUUAGGAGAUCCUUAUAAGAUAACGGGGCAUUUUGCAGGGCCAGGUUUCGUUAGGGACGUUACAAUCGAUGCUGAUGAGAUCAGACAACUAACUGUUAGCUGGUCGGCACCUGAAUUGCUACCACAAUGCGUAGAAACGUAUCGCGUUUCAUUCUUAGACAAAACCGAGUCUCUUCUGCCAAAUCAAACCUGGUUGACUAUCACCGGCCUCGAUGCAUGUGUGAAUUAUGAAAUAACGAUCAUUCCUGUAUACUUAGUAAAUCUUGAAGCUGCGUCAGUCACUGUGAAUGCUACAGUAAAGGAAGAACAAAUGAGUGCUGUACAGGGUCUUGAGUUGUACGAAGUAGAGCCUAGAUCGAUGUCCGCCAAAUGGAAACCCCCGGAACAUGCUGCAUCCUGUGUAGCAUUUUAUCGCUUAGUUGCGUGGAUUGAAUUGGAAGAUGAAAAGCCUGCGCAAUUAUCUAACAGUACUACUGAUUUGUACUUUCCGUUGGGCGAGGUAGUCGCUUGUGCCAAGUAUAGUGUGCAGGUUAUUCCGGUGUCUAUUUCAGCCAACGAUGGAAUAAAUGUGAUUGUGGAUAUUUGGACUAAGGAGAGAAUUAUCAUGCGGUAUCAUAUUGACCAGGUUCGUUUGAAAAACCACUUGCCGAACAGUUUAGAACUGCAAACCAGUUUAACCAACGAAAACAACAAUAUGUGUUCUAUGAUGAUGAUUCAGUUCACUUGCCGGACGGAUGAGGUACCUCCGGGAGCAGAUACUAAUGUGAUUAUAGGUGAGUCACCUAUAACCGAUGAAAAGGCAAUGCUUUCGGCUAUUGUGACUCCCCUAGUACCAUUCAGCCAAUACAACUGCACGGCUAGGAUUUUGAACAUUGCUGGAUGGUCGGAAGAAACAACUCCGGUUGUAUUUGAAACCGAUGAAGAUUUUCCAGAACAGCCGCGAAAUUUGAAUCUGGUCGGUGGUGAUGGUGCCGUAAAUCUUAGCUGGGAUGCUCCAUUAAUUACAAAUGGAAUUAUCACUCGUUAUCGAAUUCACAUUCAUUCUGCGGGUCCCGGUUAUCCGAUUCCAAGUUAUUGUACACCAGAUGAACGAUAUAACGAUACGAUCGAUUUGCAUGGAGAUGAAGAUGGUGUCAAAUUCACGAACUGGAAUGAAGAUAAACUACAUUAUACGAUAAAGAAUUUACAACCGUAUGAAGAUUAUGUGGUACAGAUUGCGGCGGCGACAAAAGCUGGAUUUGGAUUGUACACGGAGAUGGUGUUGGUAACAACACUGCCAGCUGCUUCCGAGCCCGUGAAAGAGUUCACAGAAUUCAAUGUUACUCUACCGGUUGUAGACGAACCAUACAAUUCAUCAGUUUUCAUUUCUUGGACACUGCCUUGCCGUCUGAAUGGUCGUCUCAGAAGUUUCAUGGGCCAAUUUCUUGGAUAUCGUGAUGGAUUAGAGCACAACUUGGACUGGAGCCGUACACUUGCUCCCGAAGAAAGUUUGUCGGAGAAGUAUAGCUUCGUAGAACAUCGUUUGGAACCUGAAUUUCACUAUAAUGUUUCCAUUAUGGUGUUUGUUGAUAAUGUAUAUAAUCAUAGCGAACCGAGAUUCCUGUCGUUUGAUUCACCGGCUGGAAUUCCGGAGCUCAAAGAGGAUAUCAGCUGGGGUACGGUGAAUGUGUUAGAUGCCCCUAAUCCAACCCGAACGGUCAGAAUAAGUCUGUCGGAAGUAAUCUUUAAUUCGAGUUCGGGGAGUAUAGAACAUGUAGCAUUGCUGCUCUCGGAACGUCACUGCCAGGAAGAUCCGAUUCCAAGACGAAAUCACUCCGAAGGCUGGCCUCAAUUACUCUCGUGGUCAGAUGUCGCUUCAUUACCCUGUACCGCGCAGUACCAAACUACUCCGAAACAAUGGAAUCCGUUAUCUCGACCAUCCUCAAAAUUUAUACCGUAUCCGAAACAUAAUUUAAUACCAAUCGAUUAUAUUAUAGGAAAUGAAAUCUGUCAUGAUGAAUCCGAGUACUGCAAUGGUCCUUUGAAACCGGGCACAGAAUAUGCACUGUUUCUUAGAGUAUACACAAAAAGUGGGUUCAGUGAUUCGGCGAUGCAAGUUUUCCGAACAGAUUCGCUAAUUCAACUCACGUUGAUUGUUUGCACCAUCUUCGUUUGCCUGUUGGGAGCAUUCCUUCUUGGAAUUAUUGUUCUUUGGCGCAGUAAUAAGUUAACAGCAUCCCCUCAAACAGUCAUACGUUCGCCAAACGAUGAACCGUCGGAUAUUCCACUCAAGAACUUUUCGGGAAUUUACGAAGAGUUGAUUCAAUCGAACAGUGAAAAGAUCACGAAGGAAUAUCAAUCUAUCAACUAUUUUUCCGAACAGCUUGUCAAUGAAACGGUCACGUUUUUCGUAGCUAAGGAAAACGAGAAGAAAAAUAGGUAUCUAGGAAUACUACCGUAUGAUGCUAACCGAGUUCCACUCGAUUAUGACGAUAUGGUGGGUGACGAGGACGAAGAGGUAAACGACUACAUCAACGCUUCGUUCAUUGAUGGUUACAAAUAUCAGCGCGAGUACAUAGCAACACAGGGACCGAAGAAGGAGACAGGCUUCGAUUUUUGGCGUAUGAUUCUGCAGUAUGACGUAGAAUCGAUUGUCAUGUUGACGCAAACAGUGGAGAAUGAUAAGAUCAAAUGUUAUCAGUAUUUCCCGAUAUUCAAUCAGCAGGUGAAUUUUCGGGAUAUUAGAGUUAAAUGUACACAGGAGCUCAAUCUGACAUUCUAUCAGAAGCGAUUGAUGAUUGUAACAAGAGGUAAAGUAAGUAGAGCAGUCUUCCACUAUCAUUUUUUAGUGUGGCCUGAUCACGGUUGUCCUGCCACUCCGACGGAUUUGAUAAAAUUCAUCAAAAUUAUCCGUUCCGAACGAAACAAUCUUGCUUUACCGGUUGUAGUCCACUGCAGUGCCGGGGUAGGGCGAACGGGAACAUUCAUUGCUCUAGAUAUAAUACUUCAACGAAUACAACAGGAAAAGAAGAUCAACAUCUACGAUACUGUGAAGCAGCUUCGACGACAGCGUGUGAAGAUGGUCCAGACCGGAGAGCAGUACGAUUUUUUGUACAAAAGUUGCCUAGAAUAUACCACCAGGAAUAGUCGGAAAAAACCAAAGAUAAGCACAGAUGAGAUUACUACCGGGAGCAGUCAGAGAAAAAGGAACAGCAGUCCAAAUGGAAGCAGUCGACAGCCACGAAUUAAAAUUAAAUUUCCAAAAUAUAUACAUAGUGGAAUUGACAAUGUAAAAUGUUACACUCCAGAUGAUAUCGAACGUAACACCUAAGUUUGAUAUGAGUUUUGAGCCAAAAUAAUUCGGUUUCUGUACAAACUGUCUCAUUUAUACUAUCAUAACUAGUCAACCAGAAUAUAUUUUUCAGUUUGUUCGAAAUAGCAA